CUUUUCAGGCAAAGAGCAGAGCAGGGUGGCACUCGCCCAAAGAAAACCAAAAACGCCAUCCUGCCUCCCUCUCCCUCCUCCCUCCUAUAAUCGGAAUCAUUUAACUCCGCACCUAAUACAGGCGCCGGAAUACUAGGGGUACGCCAUUAUUGCGACCGAGCGAGCGAGCGAGCUCCCUGUUCUCCUGCUCCUUCCACGCGAGCCGCGCAUCCGUUCGUCACUCCCCGAAUGCCUUAGCUAGAAGAGAGGGUGUCUGCGGGGAUCGUCGCGAUGAUGCAGGGGAGCAGGAAGGCCAAGGGCAAGAGGGAGGUGGCCCGGGAGGAGCAGCCGCAGCAGCACAGCCCCAAGGGCCAAGCAUGGUUCUGCACCACGGGGCUGCCCAGCGACGUCGUGAUCGAGGUGGGCGACAUGACCUUCCAUCUCCACAAGUUCCCGCUAAUGUCGAAGAGCAAGAAGAUCCACGACCUGAUUAUGAACAAGGAAUCGAGCCUGGCGAGGCAUGCCGGGGGAGGGGAGGAGGAAGAGGAGGAUGAGGGGGCAGGGGAGAUCAGGGAGGAGCAGGUGGUGCUGGAGGCGGACGAGGAGGCCGACGCGCACCGCAUCCGCCUCCCGGACUUCCCCGGCGGCGCCGAGGCGUUCGAGCUGGCCGCCAAGUUCUGCUACGGCGUCAAGCUCGACCUCACGCCGGCCACCGCCGCGCCGCUGCGCUGCGCCGCCGAGCGCCUCGGCAUGUCCGACGACCACGCAGAGGACAACCUCGUCUCCCGCGCCGACCGCUUCAUGUCGCACACCGUGCUCAGGAACCCCAGGGACGCCAUCCGCGCGCUCAAGUCCUGCGAGGACCUCCUCCCCCUCGCCGACGACCUCGGCCUCGUGUCCCGCUGCGUGGACGCCAUUGCGGCCAAGGCCGCCGCGUCCACGCCCACCGCGCUCUUCGGCUGGCCCAUCAACGACGCGGGAGCCGCCGACCGCCCCCGCCACAAGAAAAAUGCCGGCGCCGGGGCCACGUCCACGCUGUUCGACGACCUCGCCGGCUUGUCCCUGGCCACGUUCACCCGUGUCAUUGCCGCCAUGAGGGAGCGGGGCGUCGGCCCGGAGGUCCUCGAGGGGGCUCUCAUUGCCUACGCCAAGCGGUCCAUCCCCGGGCUGUCACGCUCUGACCGGCACACAGGCGGUGGCGGCGCCGCCGCGGCUGCCGCCCCCCGGUCAGCGGAUGGCGACCAGAAGGCGCUUCUCGAGACCGUCAUUGUCAACCUCCCCGAGGAGACCAUCAAGAGCAGUGCCCACACCGGCACGGUAGUGGGCGCCACCACCGCGCGCGUCCUGUUCGGCCUCCUGCGCACGGCAAACAUUCUCCAGGCAUCAGAGGCUUCCCGUGACAUGCUGGAGCGGCGCGUGGCCUCCAGGCUACCCGACGCGGCCGUCGACGACCUGCUCAUCCCGAGCUACUCGUACCUGGUGGAGACGCUCUACGACGUGGAGUGCGUGGAGCGCAUCGUGCGGCACUUCCUCGAGGGCCGAGGCGGCGUCGAGGAGGUCGACGAGGAGGGCAGCGAGGCGGAGACGCCGGGCAGAGAGGCCAGCAGACGAGCCAUGCUGGCCGUGGGCAGGCUGAUGGACGCCUACCUGGGGGAGAUCGCCACGGACGCCAACCUGAAGACGGACAAGUUCUGCGACCUCGCCUGGGCAUUGCCGGACGGCGCCCGCGUCUACGACGACGGCCUUUACCGUGCCGUCGACAUCUACAUCAAGGCACAUCCAGCGCUGAGGGAGGAGGAGAAGGAGAAGGUGAGCGGCGUGGUGGACGGGCGCAAGCUGACGCUAGAGGCGUGCACGCACGCGGCGCAGAACGAACGGCUGCCGCUGCGGACGGUGGUGCAGGUGCUCUUCUUCGAGCAGCUCCAGCUGCGCCGGGCCAUCGCGCGGACGAUCGUGGCGAAUGAAGGCGGUGCGGCAGGCCAAGGAGAGGAAGACGGCGACAGUGAUGGCGGCCGGACAUGGCGGGUGGCGACGAGGGGGAACCAAAUGCUCAGGCUGGACAUGGACAGCAUGCGGAACCGGGUGCAGGAGCUGGAGCGCGAGUGCACCACCAUGAGGAAAGCCAUCCAGAAGAUAGACCGCCGAGGCGGCGCCGCCGGGGACAGAGGAGCGGCGGCACCGGCCGCGGAGGGCAGGUGGGGCUCAAUGGUGACCAAGAGGUUCGGAUGCAAGUUCCCGGCGCAGGUCUGCCAGUCACAGCCGCGGUCCGUGGUGGCGCGGCCUCGCCGGGCACGGAUUGAGCAGAGCCCCUGAUACCUCCUCCCUCCCCACUGCACAUGAUAGCUUUCAUCAGCUUCCUUGUUUUGUUCUCUUGAUUCUUUGCUUCGAUUUGUGGAAAUACGAGGGGUUUUCCUAGGAGGAAUUGUGAGCUUCAUCAUGUUUGAUCAAUCAGAUUUCGUUGUAGCAGUGCACAAUCUUUCGAUCAGUGUCAUCUUGCUGGGUAAUGCAUCAUGUCACAUGUUGGCUAAA